CUUACUUUUUUCCUCAUCUGGGGUCAUGAUACAACCUCUAGCUUCUGCUCCCCACUCACUAUCACUGAUGGCCGAUCCAUUCAUUGACCAUCACACAGGGUUACAUGUUGCAAAUGAGAUAACAUUCGGACAGGUCAGGUAUUUGGAGGGGGCGGUGUAAUGCAACCAUCCAAAAACGAUGUUAGCUCCUGUCAGCAGUUCACUUUGAUAACGGUACUACUGUUUGUCAUAUGAAUGACAAACCGACCACAGCAGCUGCUCGUUGAAACUCUCCUAUAAGGUUCGUAUCUUUGAGUUACUUCCAUUUCUUUGUCUUUUUGAGCUUAUCGUGCUUACUAAGUCACCUUAAACUCAAGGGGGAAACCAGUAACUUUCCUCUGUUUUGCUCGUGUUAACAGCUGCAGCGUCAAACCAUCGUCGUUAUUCACAGAGCCUGUUAUAGAAACACAUGUUUCACGUUGUUUUUUCUUCUGGUUUUUCCCCAAACUAAUGUGAAAUCUUACACGUGUACUCCUGCUGAUGUGCUGUUUUAAAGAUGUUUCAUAUCUGUACAAAGACAAGCAUUUUGCCGCCCUCUAGCUGUAACCUUGUGUCACUGUUAUGGAGAAAAAGGCCUGUCAGCAUACAUUAACUUUAUCUUUGAGUUAGCAGAGAAAGAAAAGCCACAGAGUCUGUAAAAGUGAAUAUAUAAAAAAGGAUUUAAGUUUAAUUUUAUAGAGUAAGUGUAGUUUUCUUUAACCACUCAGCUCUUUUUUAAUAAAAGUUUGUCAUUUGUCCUAUCUAAUGAUAAAAUUGCAUUUCAUUCUUCAUAAAAGCCAGUCUGUUUCCAAAGGUAUCCCUUUAUAGCUCACUGUAAAUAAUUACUGUAGCUCCAAAGAGGCCAGGUUUUAUUGUUGUGAACUUUAUGACCAAGCUGCCGCAGCUGCCUGUCCUGGGCCUUGAACCCCUGCUGAAAAUAACAUUAUAUCCGCACCUGUAGGGGAGCAUUUGUAUAAACAAAUGACUGAUUAAUCCGUGUGCAUUUACUGUAAUAAAAGAGCUUUUAGACGACAGUGUACACACUAUGUUGUUCAUUUAAUGGUUUUGUUUUCCAGCUAUUUCUUGGACACCAUGGCCCCGCACCCUGUUGUUCAGGCCAUUAUUGACCUCUCUGCAGGAGCCGUAGGUAACUACAGUGCAAUAUUGACCCUUGAUUAAACAAUCCUGUGACUUUUUCCACUGCUUUACCAGACUGCCACCAGCUAAUGCUGAUGGAGCAGGAGAGCAUGAUGACUCCUGUGUUUUUCCGGCUCAUUUCUCUCUAUGUUUUCAUUGGCUGCUCAGUGAAGUGAGCUCUCUCUUAUUAUAAUCUCUCUUCACAGCCUUUUUUUGUGCACACACUUUGAUUCUCCUGUAGUUUGUAAAACAGCCUUACUUCUAUGAACAUAUAUUCCUUGCUGUGUUCGUCCAAGGGGGAGCUGCAUGUGUUUUCAGCGGACAGCCUCUGGACACAGCAAAGGUCAAGAUGCAGACCUUCCCAACUCUGUACAGAGGUUUCAUCCACUGCAUCACGUCCACCUACAAACAGGUCGGCCUGCGGGGUCUCUACCAGGGUACCACACCAGCACUCAUGGCCAACAUCGCUGAGAACUCGGUGCUCUUUAUGAGCUACGGCUUCUGUCAGCAGGUCAUCCGCUUCACAGCCGGACUGCAUAGUGAGGCUGUGCUGAGGUAGGAAGGGUUAACCACAGCUGUCUUCAGUUUACUCUGAUGAAUUAGGGCUGAAGUCCAACCGUCACCUGUUUAUCUGUCCUUCUGCAUCAGUGAUGUGCAGAAAGCCUGUGCUGGCUCAGUAGCAUCCAUCUUCUCCUCGCUCGUGCUCUGCCCCACUGAGCUCGUCAAAUGUCGACUGCAAGCCAUGUAUGAAAUGGAAGCAUCAGGAAAGAUAGCCAAGAGCCAGAAGUAAGUAGUAUUUGAACAGUCUGACAUUUUUGCAUAAUUUACUCUGGUAUUGCAUUCAUGUAAUUCCACAUGGGUUGAUGUCAAAUGAAUAAAGCAGCAGUGAAAUAUUCCAUGGUUUAGUCAAAUUAAAUAUAUGAUUUAUAGGGUUUAAAUAAAAGAUAUACAUACCAAGGCUUAUAGUUUUAAACCCCAUUUAAAGGGAUAUUCCAGUGUAAAAUUAAGUUAGGGUCAAACCCACCAUAACAUAGAGCCACGCACAGAGCGUGUAUUGCGCUCUGCGGUCGUUACUAAAGUUGGUAUAACUAGAGAAGCAAGCGGUCGGCAACAUUCAUCUCUUAACAAGGUGUCUAACUCGGUGUUACGGUGUGUUUGACCCCAACUUAAUUUUACGCCAGAAUAUCCCUUUAAUCAACAUUCAGACAGUAUAUUUCACCGCCUUUAUGCUAAUCCACGUCUAAUUAUUUAAAGUUAUUUCUGUAUAAUUUACACAUUUAGAUCCAGUGUUACAGUAAUCAAUGCUUAUUAUAACAGGGACUAGUGGCUGAUCUAUAUGCUCUCCUCUGUCUGCAGCACAGUUUGGUCAGUGGUGAAGUCCAUAAUGAAGAAUGAGGGGCCGACAGGCUUCUUCCAGGGUCUGACCACCACUAUAGCCAGGGAGGUCCCAGGUUACUUCUGCUUCUUCGGUGCCUACGAGCUCUGCCGUACGAGCUUCGCCAACUACAUGAAAUGUGACAAAGAUGACAUAGGUAAUGAUGGCAAAAUGUCUGGUAAUCAAAGAAGAAGAUAUUGGGUUGUAUAUUUUUUCAGUCCACAUCUUGCUUUGCUGGAAUAGUUGUAUGUUAUUCACCCCUCAUCAAAUUUACAGUUGCUGUGUUUUAAUUUUCAACUGUGUUACUUUGUAUGAUGAAGGUGUGGCUCCAAUCGUGUUCAGUGGAGGUUUUGGAGGGGCGUGCCUGUGGCUGGUGGUCUACCCCAUGGACUGUGUUAAGUCUCGUAUCCAGGUCAUGUCCAUGACGGGCAAACAGGCUGGGUUUUUCAAAACCUUCAUGACCAUCGCUCGGGCUGAAGGUAAGAAAAAGUGGGAGUGCCCCCUGAUUCUUACUCUUUCAGUAAAGACUCAUGAUGUAAUCUUGGCUCUUGGUUUGGUUUAGGUGUGAGGGCUCUCUACUCCGGUCUCACCCCCACCAUGGUCCGCACCUUCCCUGCGAACGGGGCUCUGUUUCUGGGUUAUGAAGUCAGCAGGAAGCUCAUGAUGAAGCAGUUCGACAGCUGAAGUAUGCCGAACACUAACUGUGAACUGGGAGUGAAUUACUACAGCCAUUGGACCUCGUUGAAGCUCCAGCUGAAGCUUCGAACGAUUUCUUCGUGGGAGCUGGUUUCUACCAUACCCUGCUUUUGAUAAACUGACACACUCCGUAUUAACUGUCAGAAAGCAUCCUUAAUGUCGUGUUUACAAAUCCUAAUAUUUAUCUAGCUGAAAGAUUUCAAUACUGAUUGUUACUAACACUCCGAAAAGACCGCAUUUUCAUAUGGAGCAUAUAUAUACUUGAAGUAUAUAAAAGGUGUGAGUGAAGCACAGUGUUGACCAACAUAAACAAACCUCUUUUAUGGUGAUUUCUCAACACUCCCGGUUAAUAAAUUUCUGUCUACCUCAACAAAAUCACAUUCAGAAAGACAGUUCUCAGAUCACUCCUCUCUCGUUCUGUAUGUGAGUACAUUGUUCAGAAAACACUCUGUCAGAUUUUAAAGCUAAGCCGGCUCGUUGCGUGAGUAUUUUAUUUUGAAGUGUAAAGUGGCAUAUACUGUCUUUGAAGCUGCCGGAAACAUCUAGUGUUGUUUUCAAUGAUGGCAUAAUCUCAGACAAGCAUGUUCCUCAUGUUUCUUGUUCUCAUAGGAAAUCUCGGAAAUUACCAGCAAGUGUUUUAAAAAAGGAUCUCCGUUUUUUUUUUCUAUGCAUCCUGAGUGUUAUUCCACUCCUGUUGUGAUUUCAUUCCCACCCCUCUAGAUCCCAGCAUUUCCCUUUAAAUAACUACAUUUUGCCUUUUCUUUGGUGUGAGACAUUUAUUAUUGUACAAAUCCAUGCAAAACAAUCAGCUGCCUUGGUAAAUGUGCCAUUUGCACACUGUGUUUUUAUUUGCAAUUUGUUUUUCAGUGGGUUUAAAUUAGGAUUAAGAAAUCUUAGACAUGCUUCUUUGAUGCGGGUCAAGAAAUGUCAUUAUGUUAAAGCCACAGACGGAAGUUCAUGGUCAAACCACUAACACUCCAUGAUGACAGUGUAAUGUUAGUUUUUUAACAAAUCCAUCUACUCAGUGCCGUGAUAAAACCUCCAUUAAAAGUGUCAUAAAUGAUUA